GAAACCGGAGUGAACCCCGGUCCCCAGAACUGUGAGGCAGAUGUGCUAACCACUCGUUCACUGUCCCGGCGCUACUCCAGCAUGUGCGCUCAAUUCUACGUUGAUUGGGAUGUACGAAGGAAAUGUGCAUGGAUUCAUGUGUACGCACAGAUUCACACAUCUGGAUAUUUUUGUGCGGAAUCUGGAUUUGAGCGUACGCCAUGUUUCAGUAGGAAAUCCACGAGUCUUUGUACGAGGCGACUGUAGGUAGAGCAGGUCGUCCAGUGACUGCACGAUUCAGCCCUAUGCUGUUGAAUAACAUGACGCAGGUUAUAUGUCAACUGUGGGGGAAUUCGCCCAGCAAGGUGGAUCUGUGGACACUCCAGUCCUCUCAAGUGAAAGUGGAGGUCCUUACACUCGGUGCCAUCAUCAGGUCUGUUUGGACCAAGGGGAAAGACGGUGAGAUGGAAGAUGUAGUGUUGGGUUAUGAUGACCUGCAAGGUUAUGUGUCAGACAAGCGGUACUUUGGAGCUGUGGUGGGCCGCGUAGCCAACAGGAUUGCGCAAGGAUGUUUUAUAGCAGAUGGAAAGACAUAUCGAUUAGAUAUCAACAAUGGACCUAAUUCCCUGCAUGGAGGGCUGCAUGGCUUCAAUAAGGCUAUUUGGAUUGCUACAGCAGUGGAAGGUGGUGUGAAAAUGUGUCUUACCAGUCCAGAUGGAGACCAGGGCUACCCUGGAGAGAUGCAGGUCUCUGUUACCUACACCUUGCAGGAGGAAACACUGACUGUAGAGUAUCAAGCGCAGUCUUCCAAAACAACACCAAUCAACCUCACGAACCAUUCCUAUUUCAACCUUGCUGGACAGGCUGCAGAUAAUGUCUAUGACCAUGAAGUGUCCAUCACUGCUCAUUCCUUCUUGCCAGUGGAUGGCACAUCUAUCCCCACAGGAGAAAUCAAAGCAGUGGAUGGCUCGCCCUUUGACCUCAGGCAACCGGUUCUGAUUGGCCCUCAACUAAAGAAAGUUCCAGGUGGAGGAUUUGACCACAACUUUUGUCUGUCAUCACCUGGAGACCCAUGGACUGAAAGAAUUGCAGCUAGGGUUUACCAUUCAGUCAGUGGUCGCAUUUUAGAGGUUUCUACCACCCAACCAGGAGUCCAGUUCUAUACAGCUAACUUCUUGGAUGGCUCAAUAAUGGGUAAAGGUGGAGUUAAAUAUGGGAAACACUGCUCUUUCUGUUUGGAGACUCAGAAUUGGCCUGAUGCUGUCAACUGGGCUUCAUUUCCUGACUGCCUUCUCCAUCCUGGCAAGGAAUACCGACACCUGACUCGCUUCACAUUCACUUAUGCUGAUUGAUUUGAUUGCUGAUUGGGAGAUCCCGCUGAUAACGACUGUAUUUUAAUUCACAGGAGGCCUUGAACUAAAUUAGUAUAGCUUCUACACAUUCCAUUUAAUUUCCAAAACAUUUGUUUUGUAUUGUUUUUUUUUAUGUGAUUUGCCCUUCACUGACAUGUCCUGUAAAUUUGUACCCCAUUAUUUCGUGUGCAACUCUUCAUUGAAUUUUUCGAUCACUCUUCCAGCUUCACGUUCAACAGCUUCACAAUGAACUUCCGAGAAUAGGAAGUGCCAUUUGGGUGAAAGUACUACUGCAGUCAUUGACCCAGCGACAUGUUGCAAAGAUGUACUGAAGCAAGCUAUAGACCCAUCUCAAAUCUUACUUUCAUAGCCAAGAUUGUUGAGAAAGUUAUUCUUAAUCAACUCAGCAAUUUCUUGAACUAAGAUGGACUUUUUGACAAAUUCCAAUCAGGGUUCCGAACUCAUCACAGAACAGAAUCUGCUCUUAUCAAAGUGCUAAAUGAUAUAAGGUUGAAUACUGACUCUGGAAAGUUGUCAAUUCUGGUCUUGUUGGAACUCAGUGCGGCUUUUGAUACGGUAGAUCAUAAUAUACUGCUGAACAGGUUGGAAACGUGGGUAGGACUAAAUGGAACAGUCCUUAAAUGGUUCAGGUCCUACCUGGAGGAAAGUAAUUAUUUUGUAGCCAUUUUGACUAUCAUAGCUAUGCAGAUGACACACAGUUAUAUCUAGCAGUGUCUCCAAAUGACUACAGUUCAAUUACGGUGUUGUGUCACUGUCUAAAACGGAUAAAUAUCUGGAUGAGCCAACAUUUUCUUCAAUUAAACCGCAACAAAACGGAUGAUUGUUUUUGGCAAUAAAGAAAUGAGAAUUGCUGUAAGUAAAUACCUGGAGUCACUCUCUUUAAAAAACAAAGACCAAGUCUGAAACCUUGUUGUUCUGAUAGAUUCGGACCUGACUUUCAACAGUCAUAUCAAAUCAAUUACUAAAACUGCCUUUUACCAUCUGAAGAUCAUAUCCAGAGUGAAGGCUUGCAUGUGUCAAGCAGACCAGGAGAAGCUCAUCCAUGCUUUUAUCUCAAGGAGACUUGACUAUUGUAAUGGUCUUCUGACUGGACUCCCUAAAACAGACCAUUAAAAUGCUGCAGCUCGGGUUCUGACCAGAACAAAGAGGUCCGAGCAUAUUACUCCAAUUCUAAAGUCUUUACACUGGCUUCCAGUCAGCUUUAUAAAAGUUUUUAAAGUACUGCUACUGGUCUAUAAAUCACUAAACGGUUUAAAUAAUGAACACAUGAAUGAAAUGCUAAUGGAAUAUAAACCCAGUUGGGUUCUGAGAUCGACAGACUCAGGUCAAAUAGUGGAGCACGGAGUCCAAAGGAAACAUGGUGAACAGACAUGGAAUAAGUUGCCAACAGAAGUGACAUCAGCCCCAAGUGUGCAUGUUUUUAAGUCCAGGUUAAAAAUUCUUCUUUUUUCCCAUGCUUUUUAGACCAUUUUGACUUUUAAAUGAUAUUUCUUGCACUGUAUGCUGUUUUAAUUGUACUUUUAUUUUAUUUUUUUCAUCUUUGUUUUAAGUGUUUAUGAGCUGUUUUUUGUAAAUCAUGUAAAGCACAUUAAGUUACCUUGUGUAUGAAAUGCGCUAUAUAAAUAAAUUUGCUUUGCUUUGAAA